ACAGGAAAUGCGUCAGAGUGCGGCCAAAUUUAAACUGCUGAAAGAAAACAAGCUGCACACAGACUGAGAGCUUCUUGUCACCACCGCAAAACUCCUACUCUUCCUUUACUUUUGAGUGGAACGGGGAGGAUGCCAAUGGAGAAAACAUGGGUACGCGGAGCCGACGGGCUCUACAAAUACUAUGAAGUGUACGACACUAUUGGAUCAGGUGGCUUUGGCAAAGUGAAAUUGGGGCGACACCUCUUGACAGGAGAAAAAGUGGCCAUCAAAAUCAUGAGCAAGAAAGAUCUAGGGGCGGACUUGCCCCGUGUGAAGCUUGAGAUUGAGGCCAUGAUGAACCUCUGUCACCAGCACAUUUGCCGUCUCUACCAGGUCAUUGAGACUUCCACACAAAUCUUCAUGAUCAUGGAGUACUGUCCUGGAGGAGAGUUGUUUGAUUACAUCAUCUCCAAGGACCGGCUCUCCGAGGAGGAGACCAGAGUGUUUUUCAGGCAGAUUGUGUCUGCGCUGGCCUACGUCCACAGCCAAGGUUACGCUCACAGGGAUCUUAAACCGGAAAAUUUGCUGAUUGAUGCGGACCACAAUCUGAAACUCAUAGACUUCGGCCUGUGUGCCAAACCUGUGGGAGGUCUGGGCUGUGAACUCCACACCUGUUGUGGAAGUCCUGUCUACGCUGCUCCAGAGCUCCUUCAGGGAAAGCCGUACAUUGGUUCAGAGGCUGACGUUUGGAGCCUGGGGGUGCUGCUCUACGCCCUGCUCUGUGGAUACCUGCCGUUUGACGAUGAUAACGCCAUGGUGCUCUACAAGAAGAUAACAGCAGGAAGAUAUGACAACCCGUCGUGGCUCUCUCCUGGUAGCGUUCUGCUCCUCAACCAGAUGCUGCAGGUGGACCCCAAGAAGCGUCUGACCGUGCCGCAGAUGCUGGAUCAUCCCUGGGUGAUGAAGGACUACAACACUCCUGUGGAAUGGCACACACGGCAGACACUUGGACACAUUGACGAGGACUGCAUCACUGAGAUGGCAGUGAACAUGAAGCGUUCCCGAGAGAGCACAGCAGCGUUGGUAAAUGAGUGGCGCUAUGAUCACACCACAGCCACCUACCUCCUGCUGCUGUCCAAGAAGCAGAGGGGCAAGCCUGUCCGUCUGUACAUGAGGGCAGUCUACCGUGUGGCCUGUUCACCUGGAUUUCAGUCACAGGAGGCUAUUCACUAUGCUGAUGAUGAAGACGCAGUGAUUGUGGGUUCACUGGACUUUUGCAAUGAAUACAUAGAUGACUGUCCAUGGGAUUCUGUAGCACACCACACACCACCAAGAGUUCGGGGUCGCACAGAGAAAACCACCUAUGAUACGAAAUUCCUGUCCCCAUCGGUGCCGAGUAGGAAUGGUCACAGUCCAACACCGGAGAAGAGACACACACCAGCCCAGCGAAAGGCCAAUGACAAGACCUCAGAGGACAAGGAGAACAUCGCCCGGCAGGAGAAAGAUGUGGAAAUCUUCGCUCUGCCUCUACCUCUGACUCCCGUUUCCAAUAAGAAGCAACCGCGGAGCACCAAGAAUGUGCUGACUCCACCCAAUAAAAAUGUUAAUGGCCACAAACCCAAAGCAGCUACUCCGAAAGAUGGAGGCACCGCGUCCAAAGAGCCCCACAAGAAGAAAACAGCUGAGCUCAAAGAGAUUUGUGACAUUGAGAUUAUGGCCUUGAGUCCAGAGCGAAGGUCCCGGUCCCUAGAUAUGGCUGGGACAGACAGUGGUAAGAAGAAGCGAGGGGGGAAGGUGUUUGGUUCUUUGGAGAGAGGUCUGGACAAGAUGAUCACCAUGCUGACCCCCAACAAGAAGAGAGCUCUGCGAGAUGGCCCACGAAAGAUUAAGGCGCAGUACAACGUGACACUGACUAAUCAAACCAACCCAGUCCAGGUUCUCAACCAGAUCCUUGCCAUCCUGCCUGAGAGGCAUGUGGACUUCAAACAGAAGGGAUACACCCUGAAAUGUCGAACCUGGGACGACUUUGGGAAGGUGACCAUGGUGUUCGAACUGGAGGUGUGUAUGCUGCAGAGGCUGGAGGUGGUGGGAGUCCGACGCCAGAGGGUGAAGGGAGACGCCUGGGUCUACAAGAAGCUGGUGGAAAGCAUCCUCACCUCCUCGGCCAUCUGAGCACUUUUGCCCAAACGUAACACGAUCCACUCGUCAAAAUCCCAAAACAGACUGAUGACGACGACCGCUGAGUCUCCAAAAACUCAACAGGAUCCUGUUUUAAUGUAAAGUAGAUGUUUUAAUUUUCCUCACAAAUGAUUCUCAGAAAUGGAUUUCUGUCAAUCCGCAGCAAGAGAGAUAAUGAUGUUUACAAGAUAGCUUCUAGCUACUCCUUAUCAUAUUUAUGUGUCUGUGUUCCUCGGAUCCCUGUAGGUGCAACUCUUUCAUCAACAAGUCUGCUAAUGAACUGCCUUUGUGUGUUUCCUGUCUCUGUUUUCAUUUCUGUGUUGUCUGCCCUCCAUUUCCUGUUUAUCUGUUGUUUGUACUGACUGUAAAAUAAAUGGCUCGUAUGUAGCAAGAGUGGGUUUGUGCGGGACACUGUUUUGAGGGUAAUGUGAUCCUCAUGUUACUGACCUAAAUGUAGAGAUGCGACGGGUUGAAA